UGGUGGCCGCGCGGGCGACGGCUCCUCUGCUGAUGCUGGCGAUGAUGCCGGUGGCCGUCGUGCCCGAGGUCCUGUUGGCCCUCUCCCCGGCGGCCACUGCCGAACAAGGUGCAGAAGAUGACGCCUCGCCGGGACUCAGUCGACCAAAAGGAAUGGAUUCCCUGGGUCCACUGGAGUUCAGCGAUAUCUUCCCAGGCAACAAGUAUCUCUACGACAAAAUGAGGCCUCCGAAAUAUAAAGGGAAGGCUACACAGGUCUACUUCCAUGUAACCGUGAUGAGUUUGGACUCCAUCGACGAAGGAUCCAUGACGUACGCUGCCGACAUCUUCUUUGCGCAGAGCUGGCGAGAUGAACGGCUCAGGUUCAACCAGAAGAUGCAAAACCAAACCGGAUACUACAGGCUUUUACCAGUUCACUGGCUCAAGGAAAUCUGGCAUCCAGACUCCUACUUCAAAAAUGCCAAGCAGGUCACCUUUCAAGAGAUGACUAUACCAAAUCAUUAUGUGUGGCUUUACAACGAUAAUAGCAUCCUCUAUAUGGUCAAGCUAACGCUGGUGCUCUCCUGCGCUAUGAACUUUCACUACUACCCCCACGACAUGCAGCAGUGCUCGAUGAAAAUUGAAAGCUUGUCUCACACCACCGACGACCUGGUGUUCCUGUGGGACCCUAACGUGCCGCUGGAGGUGGAUCCGAUCGAACUGCCGCAGCUGGAUCUAGUCUCCAACAUCACCGGCGACUGCACCCACAUCUACGCCACCGGAAGUUUUACCUGCGUGGAGGUCGUCUUCACCUUCCGCCGCCGCCUGGGCUACUACCUCUUCCACACGUACAUCCCGACGUGUCUGAUCGUCAUCAUGUCUUGGAUCUCGUUCUGGAUCCGGCCGGAGGCUGUGCCGGCCCGUGUCACCUUGGGAGUGACCUCUCUGCUCACGCUCUCAACGCAGCACGCCAAUUCACAGAAGUCUCUGCCGCCCGUGUCUUACAUCAAGGUAAGCCUUUGAACUUUGC